AUGGCCGACGAAGAUGAUCACGGGAGGAGCAAAAGACAGCGACUCAACUUGCCAUCCUUCAUUCAAUUCACCGAACGACGUCACCAAUCCAACCGAGUAAUGCUUUCAUGGCGGGUUCUGAAAGAUAGCACAAACUUCGUUCGGCUUGAGCUCAUGGACCGAGCUCGCAACCAGUACAAACACCUCGAGCAGUCCCAACUGAAGGGUAGACUGCCCAAAAAGUCAUUUUACGCCGGAAUCGACAGUACCAACAUCAAUCCCGUCUUCAUUCGGACCAAAACGACAGCUUGUGUCGUUUCAGACCUCGAGAACAAUUACAGCGGGGGCAUGACCAAGACGUCCGACAGCUUUCACAAGGGCGUAGCUCUCGGACUCGUUGUGCCUACCUGCGACAUGCUCUGCACAGGCCAGAUUACCUUUCUCAAGAUCCAAACCCUCAAUCAUAAGGUGGCGGAGCGACAUGGAGUCAACUUCGAAUUCGCAGCCUCUCACUCGGUUGCAGAGUACUUGACUGAUCAAGACGACGACUUCGUGCUCGGUCGCCCAUUCUCUGUCUUCGUCAAAGACCGCUAUGCGGUUCCAGACUAUGCCGCUUUUGACAACACCAAGCCGGACAACUAG